AUAACAUUUUUGUGGCUGUCUCUAUUGGUCCAUAGAGUAAGAGUAUGGAAGGAAUUUUGUUCUAGGUUACACAGAGCUAACAUUACCGAGGCCUCAGUAUCAGAGGUAUGAGGACACCAGACUUUCUGCUGCUGUCAAAGACUUCAUGUUGGCUCUCCUCACUUCCCAUGUGGUCCUGGUCAUCGACCAUACGGUUGAUGAAGACUUGCAAACUCUUUUGAUGAGAUCUCUGAACAACGGCACUGGUAUCAUGGUGGCUGUCUAUCGUUUGCAGUUCCCGUUAGAUGGGCUUGAUCAGUUGUACAGCGACAUAUACGACCACCUGGAGUCAUACACAAGCGCUGUUUACUUCAUCAUUACAGCUCCAAAACUCAGCGAGGAUAUUGUGGAAAUGAUCCGUUAUGAGGACCUAGUUCGACGCAACCUGCUGUACAUGUUCUACUGGAGAGAAGUGAAACCAACUCUUAACUUUAAAACACACCUGAUAGAAGCAAUGAGAGUGUGCAUUGUUAUAAACAGACAACCUGGAACUUACCAGGUAUAUUACUCCCAGGCCCAACCGAGCGGGAGGUCCCUCCUGCAGCUGGUCAACUGGUGGUCCGCUCGCACCGGGGGAUUGUACAGACACCCUCUUCUACCUCCCGCAGAUAAGGUCUACAAGGACUUCAAUGGCCGCACUUUCUACAUCCCAGUCCUUCAUAAACCCCCAUGGCACUUUGUUACUUACAACAAUGACAGUAUUGUUGUGGAGGGAGGCAGAGAUGACAAGCUGCUUCAAAUGUUGGCUGUGAAACUCAACUUUCAAAUUGAGUAUUUUGAUACUCCCGAAAAAAGUCAAGGAUCUGGCAUUAUUAAUGGGACGAUGAAUGGUGUGCUUGGCCAAAUAUGGAGACGGGAUGUGGACCUCUUUAUGGGAGACCUUACGGUAACAUAUAAUCGUAGCCAAGCUGUGGAGUUCUCGUUCCUAACGUUGGCUGAUAAUGAAGCUUUUCUCACCCACACCCCUGGGCGGCUCAACGAGGCUUUGGCCCUCGUCCGAUCCUUUCACUGGGAGGUUUGGCCGCUGGUGAUAUUUACUAUACUUGUCUCUGGUCCUCUUUUGUUCUUGAUCAUAUAUAUUCCUCAGCUGUGGAACAAUGAGGAACCAGUUGUCUCUCCUCUUAAGCUGUUCAAUGAUUGCAACUGGUUCAUAUACGCCAUUUUUCUUAGACAAGUAUAUGGGCAACCAAAAGCAGAUAACUACCGGAACAAAAAGUUUAAUGCUGCCUUAAAGGAAGCUGAAGAAAAGGAAAUCAAUCUCACACAGCCCUGUACCGAAGUAAAUGAAAUUAGCAAAAAGAUUGACAACCUUGAGAAGACUGAUGACCUUGACCUAGAAACAUCCCUGACCCUAGCAGCCGAAGCAGGCAAUGCACUGCUGACAGAGAAUACCAAGCUUAGGAAUCAGACAAACCCGCAACCAAAAACUGGAAAAUCAUUUGACUACUCCGACAAGCCCAAGCCACUCAUUGACAUCAGGAAUCAGGCAAACCCGCAACCAAAAACUGGAAAAUCAUUUGACAACUCCGACAAGCCCAAGCCACUCAUUGACAUCAGGAAUCAGGCAAACCCGCAACCAAAAACUGGAAAAUCAUUUGACUACAACUCUGACAAGCCCAAGCCACUCUUUGACAUCAGGAAUCAGAGUCACUGGUAUGACUGGUUCGGUGUGCUGAACCUGGAUCACUCCCUGGGACCGAACUGGGACUUCUACCUUCUGUCUGCUCUACUCGGCCUGCUGGGUAUCGUCAUGUACUUCCGGAGGCCGCAACACUGA